AUGGCCAGCCUUUCGCAAGAUGACCGCGAUAUCAUCACCAAGCACCCGUUGAACAGCACACUGGAUCGCUUACACGAGUCUCUUCGAGAGGUUGAGCAAUCUUACAAACCGGAUCUAAUUUCUUACGACGGCUCCGUUGAUGACACCAAUUCAACAUGCCAGAAAGCUAUUUCAAAGCUUCUCACCACUUUGAUGGGGGAGGAAGCCGCGUUCAACCUUCAUUCAACAAUUACGAAUAUUACCGUGCACUUGUACAACUUGUCAUCCAAAGAGCGCCCGACAUUGAUAUCUGGAAAGCUGUUCUCAACCUCAUCGUUACCGCCUCGCGAUCGACCCCUCCGACGAGCGUACCGCUCUCAUUCAAUGGCACACCGAUCAUAUCCACCUCCUCGUCGCAGAAAGGCCCCGAGCAGACGCGUCAGCUGGUGGAACCCCAGGAUCUUUGAGGAGAUUCGAGGCUGUACCUUUCGAGACGUCGACGGUUUCUUCGCAAAAUACUUCGAACGUAGAGAAUGGACUGGGCGCGCAGACGCCAUUUGUCGACGCGCGCUGGACACCAACAGUGACAGCAAAUGGGCCGAUUUUCCGAGUCCCCCAGUGCAAGACAAGGUCCUCGACUGGUGGCUUCGAUUCCAGGACGACCUCCUUUCGGACGCGCGCGGCGCCUACUUCUCCACGAUGACCAAGAAGGGUCUUGUCGGUUUGGAUGCGGAGCAACAGGUCGACCUCUUCCUGAAGGCCAAAAGUGAGGGCGGCUUACAAAAGGGUCACGACUGGAAGGACAUCCGGGUGGUAGGCGAGCUGAAACAGUCCGAGCAGGAGAUCAGGACCAAGGGCACACUCCUGCAGAUCGCCCGCUACGUGCGGGAUGUCUUCACCGCCCAGCCGACCCGGCGCUUCGUCCACGCGUUCGCCGUCUGCGGGACCAAAUUCGAGGUGUGGAUGUUCGACCGCUCGGGGCCCUACAGCUCCGGUGCCAUCGAUAUCCACGAAGACUCGGAGCGAUUCUUCCAGGUGAUCGUGGGCUACGCGAUGAUGAGCGACGAGGAGCUGGGUCUCGACACCUUCACGACACGGGAAGCAGACGGUGGCAGAACGAUAACCGUCGAGGCGGCUGAAACCGAAGUGGAAACGGUGCUGCGGCUGGACCCAGCCCCACUCUGCUCCCAGCAAGCCAUCGUAUGUCGCGGGACGAGCUGCUUUCUCGCUAGAGAUGGUGACAAGAUGGAGGGCGUGGCGAAAUUCUCAUGGACUUCGGACAAACGGCAGCCGGAAGUGGACCUCCUCCAACUGGUACGCCAAAGAGGCGUCAAAGGAGUCGCCAAGGUUAUCGGUCACAGCGCUAUCACCAGCAUCGCCGACAUGCGUGAUGGCCUGACCUUCGACAAACGCCACGCCUUCCGCAGCGCCCCCCCAAGCACCGCUUCCUCCUUCACGCAGUCCCAGCCCCGUAACCUACUGUCACGGUCGUCCACCCAGCUCCGUGGGCUGGGUAUCAGUGAGAAGUCAUCAACCAAGAAGCGCAGAUCCCCCGAUAACGGAACCCGGACGUCCAAACGAUCACGCUCAAACAGUCAGCGGAAGAACGACCAGCAGGAGAAAGAGCUAACCUUCUCAGUUCAAUCAGUCCAGAAACCAAGCCUCUUUGACAAAAAUAGCGAAGAGCCCUACAACAACCGCAUCCUCCGUUGCCUGGUGAUCUCGCCCGCCGGCAGGCCGAUCUAUGAAUUCCAUUCACCUAUCGAGCUACUAAUAGCGCUCCACGACGCGAUCACGGCGCAUCGAUCCCUCUAUCUUGAUGGAAGUAUUCUACACAGGGAUAUUUCGGAGAACAACAUAAUAAUAACCGACCCGGCGAAGGCGGACGGUAACACAGGGAUGCUGAUUGACCUGGAUCUUGCCAAAGAAAUAGGCAGCGGACGAACCGGCGCGCGACACCAGACGGGCACGAUGGAAUUCAUGGCGAUCGAAGUGCUGCUUAACGUUGACCAUACCUAUCGGCAUGAUCUUGAGUCAUUCUUCUACGUGCUUAUCUGGCAGUGCGGCCGUCGUGGCUGGGGAGAGAAAUGGCCGGAAAAGAGUUUUCUAACAAAAUGUCUUAGUCACGGGGACAUUGAAAAGCCCCGGAGGUUCUUAGCAUUUGGCAAGGCCACUAAUGAUACGAAGCCUAUGGAGGCAUAG